ACAAAACUAGGCUUCCUCGAGCCUUCUUCACCGUGUUCUCUCACCUUUGCUUUGUCCAUAAUCAACUACUUCUCAGGUCUCCGUCACCGAUGGCUUGAUUUCUCACGUCUCCGGUGAGCCCAACAGCUUUCUGGUAUAUUACAGAUGGGUCGGCCUAGGUUUAUGCGACCAAAGGGAGAGGAUGGCAAAUCCACACCGAACCUUUUUGUGGCCAAUUGUGGGCCUGCAGUGGGGAUAUCGUAUGCCAGUAUUGCAUCCGUGUUUAGCACUUUUGGGGAAGUUAAAGAAGUAAAUGCAGCCGAUGAGAGUGGUGCCCGUGUUAUCAUUUCUUAUUCUGAAGCCAGUUCUGCUGAAGCUGCCCUAAAAGCAAUGGAUGGACGUCCUUGCCCUGAUCUUGGAGGCCGUUCUUUGCACAUACGUUUUUCAAUUGCACAGCCAUCUUGCUUGGGACCCACACAUGACUUGAUUCCAGUGUCACUCAUGGCUUCUGAGUUGAAUAUUCCAGGCCUGUAUCUGUUGCAUGACUUUGUGAGUGUUGAAGAAGAAAAGGAAUUACUUGCUGCAGUCGAUGAUAGGCGUUGGAUAAAUCUCUCAAAAAGAAGGGUUCAACACUAUGGGUAUGAAUUUUGUUAUGAAACAAGGAAUGUUAAUACGAAGCAGUACUUGGGUGAACUUCCCUCAUUUGUUUCUCCAAUACUUGAAAGGAUACCCUUGUUUAAGAAUGUUGACAGUUCUGCAGGUUUAACUCUGGACCAACUAACGGUUAAUGAGUACCCACUUGGUGUGGGCUUGUCUCCGCACAUAGACACCCAUUCAGCAUUUGACGGAUUAAUUUUUAGCCUUUCAUUAGCAGGGCCAUGCAUUAUGGAGUUCAGGAGGUACUCUGAAGAAGCUGGGCUUCUUGAAGCUUUGUCGACUACUGAUAUUGAAAUGGAACGUUCUGGACAAUGCUCAGACUUUUUAAGGAAGGCUAUCUAUCUUCCUCCUCGCUCAAUGCUUCUUUUAUCUGGAGAGGCACGAUAUGCUUGGCAACAUUACAUUCCACAUCAUAAGAUUGACUUGGUGAAGGAAAGCGUGAUCAGAAGAGGUGCAAGAAGGGUAUCUUUCACACUUCGCAGGGUAAGAAGAGGUCCUUGCCAAUGUGAGUACCCCCAAUAUUGUGAUUCUCAGCGAAGCUGAUAGAGUUUUUUUCACUGAUGGAUAUGGGGGAUUGGAGAUGAAGCGGCAAAUCAAACAAACACUUGACGAACGAGUUGAUAAAUUGUGGUUUCUGUUAAACAACACAACCAUUAGUUCAAGAGGAGGUUUCCCCAUUCUUUUUAGGGGUUUGAGAUUACAUUGUAUCCAGCAAAUCAAUCCUCAAUGAGGUGUCUGGUUCUUACCAAGGGAAAGAGAGAAAAAAAGUGUACAAGGAGAGACCAAUGCAUCAGGUUUUGUUGGGAGUUACUUCAACCAAUACAAUUCGAAGCUUAUUUGUUGAUUUCUCUCUGAUCUUUGAAAUAGAUGGAGAGGUUGAAUUUUUAAAAGA